AUGAAGUUCCUCAACCUGCUACUGCUAGGCUUUGCGGCAGAGAGCAACCAAGCUGUGAUCAACCCAGGUCAUAGCCAGAAGCGAGACGUACAGCAAUGGGGUUGGAACCGAAACCAAGCACAUUGUAUCAUGUGUGUUGAAUACGAAAGGACUCAAAUUGGCAACUAUAAUGGGAGUAUCGUGAUUAUCAAACAAGCGGUAACUGUUUGCACGGAUCAGGGCCCGUGUCAGAGUUUUGACUACCUGAACACGUUCCAUUAUGGCUGGGCGCCGCCAGAUGCAGUUCAGGCUGCUCGGAAUGUUUGGGGGUCAGAGUCGGCAUGA